AUGGCGGAAAGAGGUGGAGAGCGCGGCGCAGAGCGUGGCGGUGACCGUGGAGGUUUCGGGCGUGGAUUCGGCGGUCGUGGAGGAGGACGAGGCGGUCCCAGAGGCCGUGGUGGUCGUCGUGGAGGCCGUGCCACCGAAGAAGAGAAAUGGACUCCGGUGACCAAGCUCGGCCGUCUCGUGAGAGAAAAUAAAAUCACGAAGCUGGAGCAGAUCUAUCUCCAUUCUCUCCCCGUGAAGGAGUACCAAAUCAUAGAUCUCCUCGUCGGACCGACCUUGAAAGACGAGGUGAUGAAGAUCAUGCCGGUUCAGAAGCAAACCAGAGCCGGUCAGAGGACGAGAGGCGGAAUCAUUCUCGCGAAGCUCUCUGUGAUUCCGGUGAGGAGAGGUUACUGGGGAAACAAGAUCGGGAAGCCGCAUACGGUUCCUUGUAAGGUGACCGGAAAGUGUGGAUCCGUGACGGUGAGGAUGGUUCCGGCUCCGAGAGGUGCUGGGAUUGUGGCGGCUAGGGUUCCGAAGAAGGUUCUUCAGUUUGCUGGGAUUGAUGAUGUCUUCACUUCCUCCAGAGGAUCCACCAAAACCCUCGGAAACUUUGUCAAGGCUACAUUUGAUUGCCUACAGAAGACGUAUGGGUUCUUGACACCAGAGUUUUGGAAAGAGACGAGAUUCUCCAAAUCGCCAUACCAAGAGUACACUGAUCUCUUGGCUAGUAAGCAAGUCGCUGCACCCAAGGCUAUCGCCGACGCUGAAGAGAAUGCUGCUUAA